AAGAAAUUCAAAUCCAUGCGGGAGGUGAUGAAGGAGAAGGGCGUACUCAGGGACUACCUGAAGAACCACAAGUAUGACCCAGCCAGCAAGUACUUCAACAACUUUGCUGUUGCCUAUGAGGCCCUGGUUAACUACCUGGAUAUGUCCUACUAUGGGGCAAUCAGCAUUGGAACCCCACCCCAGAGCUUCCUGGUUCUCUUCGACACCGGCUCCUCCAACCUGUGGGUGCCCUCGACGUACUGCCAGAGCCAGGCCUGCACCACCCACACUCUGUUCAACCCCAAUGACUCCUCCACUUACUCUUCCAAUGGACAGACCUUCUCUCUGCAGUACGGCAGUGGCAGUCUCACUGGAGUCUUUGGCUAUGACACCGUGACAAUCCAGGACGUUUCCAUCACAAAACAGGAGUUUGGCCUGAGUGAGACUGAGCCUGGCACCGACUUUGUCUAUGCUCAGUUCGAUGGGAUCCUCGGUCUGGGUUUCCCUGCCAUUGCUGCUGGCGGUGCCACUACUGUGAUGCAAGGUCUGAUCCAGGAGAACCUCAUCAGUGCCCCGCUCUUCAGCUUCUACCUGAGUGGGCAAGAGGGCGUUCAGGAUGGUGGUGAACUUCUCUUUGGAGGGAUUGACUCCAAUUUGUACUCUGGUCAGAUUGUCUGGACGCCUGUCACCCAGGAUGCUUAUUGGCAAAUUGGAAUUGAAGGUUUCUCUGUUGCCGGACAGUCCACUGGCUGGUGUAGCAGUGGCUGCCAGGGGAUUGUGGACACUGGAACUUCCCUCCUCACUGCUCCACAGGCGGUUUUUUCGCAGUUGAUGGAGGACAUUGGCGCUCAGGAGAACAGCGAUGGAGAGUACAUGGUUAGCUGCAGCAGCAUUGACAGCAUGCCUACCAUCUCCUUCACCAUCAGUGGAACCAGCUUCCCGCUGAGCCCCUCUGCCUACGUGCUCCCGAGCAAAAGCACCGAGUGCGUUGUGGGCAUCUCACCCACUUACCUGCCAUCCCCGAACGGGCAGCCCCUCUGGAUCCUGGGUGACGUCUUCCUCAGGGCAUAUUACUCUGUUUAUGAUGUAGGCAAGAGUCAGGUGGGCUUUGCCCCAGCAGCGAGCUGCUUGGUGGAGAAAUCGAGCACCAUGAAGUGGCUCAUCCUGGCUCUGGUUUGUCUCCAGCUCUCAGAAGGGCUGGUGAAAGUCACUCUGAAGAAAGGAAAGUCUAUGCGAGAGGUGAUGAAGGAGAAAGGAGUUCUGGAGGAUUUUCUGAAGCAUCACAAAGUUGAUCCUGCCAGGAAGUACCACUUCAAUAAUUACAAUGUCGCUGAUGUACCAAUAGCCAACUACCUGGAUUCCUUCUACUUUGGAGAGAUCAGCAUUGGAACUCCGCCCCAGAACUUCUUGGUUCUCUUCGACACCGGCUCCUCCAACCUGUGGGUUCCAUCUACAUACUGCCAGACUGAGGCCUGCUCCAAUCAUGCAAGGUUCAACCCCAACCAGUCAUCCACCUUUUCCGACAUUGGAGUGACCUACACCCUGGACUAUGGGUUUGGAGACCUGACUGUGGUUUUAGGUUACGACACGGUGACAAUCCAGAACAUCGCCAUUGAGCACCAGGAAUUUGGUCUGAGUCAGGAUGAGCCUAGCAGCCCCUUCUAUUAUACGUAUUUUGAUGGGAUUUUGGGAAUGGCUUAUCCUCCCGUAGCCAUACCGGGGUACAGGACACUUAUGCAGGAGAUGCUGCAGCAGGGCCAGCUUACUGAACCCAUAUUCAGUUUCUAUUUCUCACGGCAACCAACGUAUGAUUACGGAGGGGAAGUAAUCUUGGGUGGCAUUGACACCCAGCUGUUCUCUGGCCAGAUUACCUGGGUACCUGUUACCCAAGAAGUUUACUGGAAGAUUGGUAUUGAAGAGUUUGCUAUUGGACAGCAGGCGACUGGCUGGUGCAGUCAAGGCUGCCAGGGCAUUGUGGACACCGGGACGUUUCUGCUCACCAUCCCAGAGCAGUACAUAGGGGACUUCCUGCAGGCCUUGGGUGCUCAGGAAUCCAAUGGAGAGUACGUGGCUGACUGCAGCAACGUCCAGAACAUGCCGACCAUCACCUUCAUCAUCAACGGAUCCGAGUUCCCGCUGCCCCCCUCCGUCUACAUCCUCAACAACAAUGGCUACUGCAGAGUUGCGGUUGAGACCACUUACGUAUCUUCUCAGAAUGAGCAGCCAAUCUGGAUCCUGGGUAACAUCUUCCUUAGGGAAUAUUAUUCUGUCUUUGAUAUGGCUAACAACAGAGUGGGCUUUGCCCCAUCAGCCUAG